CGCCAUAUUAGGAAGGAGAAAGUUAAUGACAUCGUGUAAUGCAGGCCCGCUGGAAAUUUACUAAAAAGUUGAAGUGGCUACCCUGGAGUGCUCGACGACGUGCGGGGCAAACUGCCGGAACUGUGCCACACUCAACGCAGAUUGCACCUGCACAUGCCAACCACAAUUCGUAGGUGUUGAUUGCUCAGUUCCAUGUGGCGAUUUAAAUGCACAAUGCGGAGUGGGAUGGCCGCCGUUUUUGUGCACCACGAUAUUACUAGGUUUGGAGAAUGUACCUGAUGAUUGCCCAGCCAUGUGCGGCAAGUGUACUCCAGAUGAUGGCAGUUUUGUUUGUGAUGUAACAACAGAGGGAGUUACUGAUGCUACGAAUUCAUUGCACACCACAGCACCAAGCAUCAAUCUCACCACAAUUACACCACACAUGGAAACACCGAACAAUCCUGUAACUGAUAUGGCUCUCACUUCAGUGACGCACGGACAUGCCACGUAUACACCGACUGAUCACAUUAUGAUCACAACACCUAGCGAUUCAAGCACUACUCUGACAGAUCCAAGCACAGUACCCAGUGAUUCAAGCACUACAUUGAGAUACUUGAUCUCCACUUUGAAUGAGCCGAUCACUACUUCGGAUUACUCAAGCACUGAAUCAAGCACAGCACCGAGCGAUUGGAGUAGUCAUAGUGGUUCACAGAGUGAUUUGAGCACUAAAUCGCAUGAUUCUAGCACCACUCAAAGUGAUUUAAACACUCCUCCGAAUGAUUUAAUCUCGACACCGCAUGAUCUGAGCACUGCACCAAGUGAUUACUUGAGUACAACUAUUGAUUAUACCAACACCCCAAGCCAUCCAAGCUCUACACUCAUUGACGCUGACACCACAUUGUUUGACUAUUCAUUUUCGCUUACUAGCAUUAUCACAUAUACACCAACCAUUUCCAGUACCACUGCACUUAGCACCAGUUCUACACCAAGUACAAAAAGUCCAUUUUCAGCCACUUCUACGGUAUCAAACGUGACAACAGCAGGACCGGACCCAACGACUACACAAUCCGACCCAACGACGGUGGCCUCGCCAUCUUCUUGUUCUAGUAUUGCAUGCAAUAAUGGAGGAACGAUAGAUCGAGAUGAUUGCACUUGUGCUUGUGCCGAAGGAUUUCAAGGCGACGAUUGCUCAACUCCACAUGCAGAAAUCCGGAUUUCUGUCGUGAUUUUGAUCAACGUCGACAUGAUCACCUGGUUGCAGAUUCAGGACAUUCUACUUGAUGCCAUCGCCCAAGUGACGUCAGACUAUUGUAACACCAACUUCAGCCAGUGUUGUCCAAAUUACGGAGAAAAAGCAACUUCCGGUCAGAUAAAUUUUGCAUCAGCGAACGACGUUAAGAUCGUGGGUGGAUAUCCAAAAGAGAGCAAUGUCGGUUCCGGUUUGGCGACCGAGACCGCCGUCUAUAUCCAACCGACUUCUAUGACGUCAUCAUGCGAGGAAGGAAGCAGUAGAAGUGCUGCACCUGAAUCGGAUACUAUGAUAUACAUACCCCAGGAUGUCGUUCUCGCCGCCAUCAAUGACAACAUCGACGUCAUCGAAUCCCAGCUUGGUGUGCCGAUCAGCAAUGUCACUCUCGGCAUGGUUGACGAUGUACAACCAGAGGGAACGUCUACCGGUCUGAGCACGGCAUGGAUCGUUGGUAUAUGCCUGCUGACUGUGAUACCACUUAUAGUGGUUGCCAUCUGUCUCCUUGCGCUAAAGAUGAAAAUCUACCAAAACCAGAGAUGGUGGCAAUGGCAUCAGAUACAAGUUCGUUCUACGAGAGUCGAACCCAUAGUUCAACCCUUGGAUCAGCGCUUUACCUGGAAACAGGAAAUUGAUGGGAAUCCUGAUGUCUACAUCCUGAAAAAUUUCUAGAAUUUUUCUCCUAUGGCAGUGACCUGCUUCUGUAUACUACCGUCCAGUGACCUGUUAAUGAAACCUUGCAAUUAAUUGCAAUUCAAAAUAUCAAAGCUUGACUUUCAACUCAUUCAUGACUUGAUUGUUUUGUGUCUUUUAGUUGCGUUUGAAUGUAAGGUUUUACCCAAUAGGCCCAAGCUCCUACGGAGUUAACUAUCUACACCUUGUUUAAUAAUGCACCAUGAAUCAACGGGCAUUUUUAUAAAGGUGGAAUAUUUAGCAUAUUGGAUAUAUGAUUAAUUUAUGAGAAAAAUUGUCAUUUAAAGAAUAUCAUCGUAAGACUUGUGUUAUGACAAAUUUUAUUUAUAUGUUCUGCAAUAAUUAUGUAAAGAGAUAUGUUGAUAUAUUUAUAGUUUUAGAAAAUGCUCUGAUCAAAAUUGAUGCAUAGAUUUGUGAAUAUAUAAACUACGUGUUUAGAGAGA